AUAUUUCAUCCACAGAAUUUCAAUCAAAUCAAUGGAUGUAUACAUUAAUGGAUUCAUCACGUGUAUCAACAUUUUUAAUACCAAUGUUAUUGAUUGUUUAUGGUAGUUUUCGUUCAUUAAAUAUGGAACAGGAAGCUAAACAAAAAGAAAAAGAAAGAGAAAAAGAUGGUCUAUUACCAUCAACAUCAUCAUCAUCGUCGUCAUCGGGUGAUAAUAAUAAUGUACAAACAUUGGAUACAAUGCAAGCAUUAUGUCUUCCAUUAGGUGCAUCCAUCUCAUUAUUAGUAAUGUUUUUCUUUUUUGAUUCAAUGCAAAUGUUAUUUGCAAUAUGUACGGCAAUCAUCGCAGCCAUUGCAUUAGCAUUUUUGUUAUUGCCAAUGUGUCAAUAUAUUAUGAAACCUUGUACGGAAAAAAAGAAGAUCUCGUUAGGUAUUUGUGGCCGUUUUACGCCGGCCGAACUAGUCUCAUUUUCAUUAUCGGUUACAAUUGUUUGUAUUUGGGUGUUGACUGGCCAUUGGUUAUUGAUGGAUGCAAUGGGCAUGGGACUUUGUGUUGCAUUCAUUGCAUUUGUACGUUUACCUAGCCUCAAAGUAUCAACAUUAUUAUUGACCGGUUUACUUAUCUAUGAUGUAUUCUGGGUAUUUUUUUCAUCAUAUAUAUUCAGUUCAAAUGUUAUGGUUCGUGUGGCAACAAAAACAGCAGAAAAUCCUGUCGGUAUUGUAUCGAAACGUUUUCAUUUGAAUGGUGGAAAAGAUGUGCCGAAAUUAUCAUUACCUGGAAAGCUAAUAUUUCCAUCAUUACAGAAUAGUGGACAUUUUUCUAUGCUUGGUCUUGGUGAUAUUGUUAUGCCCGGUUUAUUACUUUGUUUUGUAUUACGUUAUGAUGCAUAUAAACGUACAUUAUUGAAUUCAGCCGAUGCUGGUGUACCGCCACCAAAACAUUUGAAUCGAUUCACUUAUUUUCAUUGUUCAUUGAUUGGCUAUUUUUUUGGUCUAUUGACAGCCACCGUAUCAUCGGAAGUGUUCAAAGCAGCUCAACCAGCACUACUAUAUCUUGUACCAUUCACUCUAUUACCAUUGCUUACAAUGGCCUAUCUAAAAGGAGAUUUACGACGAAUGUGGAGCGAACCAUUUAUUACGACAAGUUUGCCCAAAAAUCUUGAUGUAUGAAAUAUAUCUAAUAUAUCAAGACCGAUAAUCAAUUUGAUACGAACGAUAAGAAUGUUGCCCACAUGUCACAUACACACACACUGGACAUUCUUUUAACCGGAUGAAUUUCGAAGAAAAAACGAAAAAAUACAUGCCGCACAGUUGAAAUUUAACUGCCAGAAAUUCAACUUAAUUCAUUUUUUUCUGGCACUUCAAAAUCAAUUACCGGAAGUUAUAGCAGCCGUGUUUAUAUUCUAAAUGAAACCAAAAUUCCAUUCAAAUUCCUAAUUCUCUAACUAUCUAUCUCUAUAUCUAUCUUUAUCACUUACAACAACCUCCAACGCACACAGACACACACACAACGAAAUAAAUCCCAUCUUUCUCUAUUUCACACUUUCCAAAAACCCACCCACCCACCAAUCAAACACUUUAUCUCUUUUUCUUACUUGUAAUGACGAUUCUAUAUAAUUUUGGAAUUUUAAAUGUGAUUUUAUUCCUUUCCCACAAACACACACACACCCACACCCAUUUAUUCUGUUUCGUUAUAUUUUUUUUUGUUGUUGCAAAUAGUUUACAUUCACUUACUCACUAGAUUAUUACUGAUCAUCAUAAUUUCAUUCCAUUUGUGAAUAUAAAUACAUAUGAUAAUUAUAUUUUGAUAUAAAGAAAAAGAUUUGAUUUCAACAACAACAACAACAAAAAAAUUCAAUUAAUGAUCUUGAUCCAUAUUACACACCAUUAUUGAUUUGAUUUGAUUCUGUAAUACAAACAAACACACACACACACACACACGCAUCUUAUGUAAAUUCAUUCAUACAUCAUCAUCGACCAUUUUCCAUUUGUAAACAAUAACAUAUGUGACAACGAAAUCAUAUCAUUUUGAUUUGUAAUAAAAUGAAAAAUUU